AUGGAUCCACUUCGCAGGGCUUCGCCGCAGCUUUUCCCGAUGUCUCGACCUGGAAGUACAUCCGAUUUCGGUCUGCAAGGCUCCUCGUCUGGUCAACCCCCCAUCGUGUCAACCCUGUGGGUAGCGCUCAGCUUCUGCUGCCCGAUUGCGCUGGUUAGGCGGCAGGCCGAAAGCAGCCAUGAGAGUCCCAAGCCAAGCUCCAACAUCGUCGAGUUCGGGGGCAGGGACAACCUUCCCCACCACAAAAGUCUUCUGAUGGGCAGGCUCCAUGGAGAACUCUCGGAGGCCCCGCCGCUCAUUUUUGCAGUCAGGCGUAGACCGUAUGUUUCUUUAUCCGUGGAACGCUCGAGCAAGCUUCGGAGGAUAGCUGCCCCACAUUGGGGCCGGCGGCGUUCGGACAUUACGCCCACAGAGUCUACAGCGACUCGUAACGACGAUGAAGACGGGGCAUGUUUGGCAGAGCCGUGUACACAAGAAGUCACAAGGAAAUACUUUUGUGCGAACGACGGGUGCAAGUACGCCAACCUGUACGUUGUCCUGUGCGAGGACCACUUCCCCACGCAUAGGUGCCCAGGCUGUGCGCGAGCGGCUACGGGCCCGGGCCUGCCCCUGAGGCCAGUGCCUCUGUCUUCUCCCUCCUCCGGGAGCGCGAGGGCAGGAGCGCCAGGACGAGCGCACGACGCCGGGGACGCUGGCCUCCACGAGCACGAGGGCCGGGGCGCAGGUCGCGCGCUCGAGUCGGAGCCUGCGAAGGUUUUGUCACCCGAGGAGUGCACCUGCCUUGAGAGAACCCUGGAGACCAUACGGGAGCACGUGGAGCAGGCCGAAUCGCUGCUCAGGACGGCCCAACCCGCUGCAGAAGCCGCAGCUGUGGCCGCGCCAUCGUCGCCGACGGCCGCCCCCCCGCCCGCCGCCUCGCCGCUGGCGGCCGCCCCGUCGCCUGCAGCCGGCCCGCCGUCACCGACUGCGGCCGCCCUGGGCUCGCCGGGCCGCGCCACGCCGCUGGCACCCGCCGCGCGGCAGCCAGCGGCGGCGCCCGCGGCCACGCCGCUGGCGGCCGCUGCGCCGCAGGGACUGGGCCGCGCCGCCGCGAGUGCGGCGCAGGCGCCCCCCAGCGUUCCGCCGGGCAUGCCUGCCGCGCCAAGCCUGGAGACGCUGAUCCUCGAGGCCCUCGGCGCCACCCCGGAGCCGAUGACCGCCAUCGACAUCGCUCGCGCCGUCCACAGGGACCGCGCCAGCGAUGUCAACCCGACGCUGUUCCGCCUGAGGGAGGAGGGCAGCAUCGAGCAGGCUGGCCUUAGCGGGAAGAGGCCCACCUGGCGCCUGCAGCAGUGA